GCAUGUUUUGUAUUUUUAAUAAAACUGCAGUACCAGAAAUUUAAUAAAUUUCAUGAAAUAAGAUGUCGAAACAAUCUGUAUUUACUACCUAUUGUCGCUUUUAUUCUGCUAGGCAAGUGAAGAAAAAGUUACCAAUUAUAUCUUGCAAGCGUCCAGAAUUUAACCAUUACCAGGGACAAUCGUAUAGCAAGUUCGACGGCGUGAAACUAGCUUCUCAGGGUUGGUCACAUCCUAAAUCCAAAGGGGAUUAUUUCAUAAUACACGGAAAUGCUAAUAAAAUAGAAGAGGACAAUGUUUACAAAAAGAGUUUCGAGGAAAUAGGCUUAAAAAACGAGUUGAUUCAGGUUAUGUCUGAUCAAGGUAUAACUUUGCCUACAGCAAUACAAACUAAGGCAGUAUCGGCUAUUUUGAAGGGUCAUAACACUGUUGUCACCGCUGAAACUGGUUGCGGGAAGACAUUGGCGUAUUUGCUGCCCAUUUUUCAGCACAUUUUGGAAUGGAAACAGCAUGUUCCGGAAGAAUUCAACAGUCCAAUGGCUGUUGUGAUUACACCUAGUAGAGAACUUGCUAAUCAAAUAAGUGAAGUAGCACAGUCAAUAGCACAAGAAUUGAAUAUAAGUGUAACCAGUCUAAUUGGUGGACGGACUAAGCAAAAAAUGCUGGAUCCUCCUAUAGAAUACUGUGACAUGCUGAUCACAACACUGGGUGCCUACAGCAAACUGGUUACAACCGGUAUCUACAAGGUACAUAAUGUACACCAUGUAGUUUUGGAUGAAGCUGAUACUUUAUUAGAUGAUACCUUUAUUGGGAAGGUGUCAAAUCUACUGAAAAAAUUUUCUAUUCAAUAUAAAGUGGAAAUAACUCUACCUCCAAUAGGGUGCCAACUCACUCUCGUUAGUGCCACAAUGCCACAUGAACUCCCAGAAAGUGUCAACUCUUUUGUAGCUCCUGACUCACUAAAGACAGUUACCACUUCAAAUAUCCACAGAGUAUUACCACAUGUACCUCAAAAAUUCAUACGGCUAGGUAAAGCACAAAAACCAACUGAACUGCUGAAGUUAGUGAAUGCAGACGUGAACCAACAGCGUCCCGUCAUGAUAUUCUCAAAUCAGACGUCAACAUGUGAUUUCGUUUCAAUGUUCCUAAAUGAGAAUAACAUUGAAUGUAUAAAUAUAAAUGGACAGAUGGCCGUGCCAUUGAAGUUAGGGAAAUUCGAUAUGUUCAGAAAUGGAAAAGUUAAUGUUCUAUCAUGUACAGAUAUUGCCUCUCGUGGUUUGGACACGCUAAGGACGCAGCAUAUAAUUAACUACGAUUUCCCACUGUACACCGCCGACUAUAUACACAGAUGUGGUAGAACUGGCAGGAUAGGUUCUCCUGAUAACUGCACUAUUACAAAUUUUGUGGCCUGGCCAAGGGAAAUACAAACGGUGCAGAAAAUUGAGACUUCAGUGAGGAAGCAUAGUGAACUGCCAAAUGUGAACGCUAAUAUUAAACGACUCAUUGAUGAUAGAGUGGUAAGGAUGGUGGAAAAAGGUUUGGUCAGAAAUGUUGCGUAAAUUUGGAAUACAAAAGGUAUUGAUUGUGCAGAUAUGUGUAUAUUAGA